GAACGAGCGACAAGCUCUCGCGAUACUUGUCGGGACUUGACGUGUCUCUUCAACACAAUAAUGGCGGAUGCCGAGGAGGAAGCGCUCCGGGGCAGCUGGGACCAGGAUCUAGCUGAGGCUCUGGAUUCGGGGGGUUCCGAUAUGGAGAUGGACAAAGGCAUCGCCCAUGUUCAGGAGUCUUCAGCUCAACAGAGAGCAAAGAUGUGGAAGAUUGCACUCAAUGUAUCCGGUAAAGGAGACUCCCUCGCAUCCUGGGAUGGCGUCCUUGAUUUACCAGAGCAGACCCUCAUUCACUGUCGCAGUCAGCAGCUGAUCGAGCAGCUGCAAGUGUCCGAGGAGGAGCAUAGCGACAUGGUGUCCGACGUGGAGGCGGUGGUCACCUUCUACUGCAAGUCGCGCAACAUCAGCUUCACCUCGGACCUGAGCUGGCUACACUUACUCAAGCCGCUGCUGGGGCUUCGGCUGACCCGCAGCGACCUCUACAACUGCUUCUACGCCAUUAUGAACAAGCACAUACCCCGGGAGUGCGUGCCCAAGGGCCGCCCGUUCCACCUCUACAGACUGCUCUUGCAGUACCACGAGCCUGAACUCUGCUCCUUCUUGGAUACCAAAAAGAUCACGCCUGACUCGUACGCCAUCAACUGGAUGGGCAGCCUUUUCUCCAGCCACUGCCCGCCCGACGUCACCCAGGCUCUGUGGGACUGCUACCUCCAGCAGGCAGACCCAUUCCUCAUCUUUUUUCUUCUGCUCAUCAUCCUCGUCAAUGCCAAAGAGACCAUCCUUGACCGAGAAGGAGACAGCAAAGAUGACAUCAUCAAAACGCUGGAAGAAUCUCCUUCUCUACUUGAGGCCGAGGACAUUGAGGAUUUAUUUUCCUUGGCUCAGUACUACCAGAGCAAGACCCCUCUGUCGCUCAGGAAGAUGAACCAAAACCUGUUUGGUAGCAGCCUCGUGGCUUUGAAAGAGGAGGACAUCGACCUGAGUCAGGCGCUGUGCCUCCCCGUGUCCGUCCCGGAAAUCCUGCAGGCCAACCAGCAUCAGCAGGACGGGGUGCGCUUCUUUGUGGUGGACUGCCGGCCGGCUGAGCAGUACAACGCCGGUCAUCUGUCUACUGCCUUCCAUCUGGACUCAGACCUGAUGCUCCAGAACCCGUCUGAGUUCGCCUUGUCGGUCAAGUCCCUCCUGGAGGCUCAGAAGCAAUCCCUGGAGUCGGGCUCCGUUGCCAGCGGAGAGCACCUGUGCUUCAUGGGCAGCGGCAGAGAGGAGGAGGACAUGUACAUGAACAUGGUGCUGGCCCACUUCUUGCAGAAAAACAAGGAGUACGUCAGCAUCGCAAAAGGGGGCUUCAUGGCUCUACAGCAGCACCUGGUGGACAUGAACGUGGAGGGCUUGGACUCGUCGUACAUCCAUUGGAUCGUCAGCACGUCGGGAUCUCACAGCAGCCUCAGCUCGGCAGACGGGGAGUCUCUGAGUGACAGCAAAAGCGUCAAAUCAUUGGUCAACAAAAUGACCUUUGCCCUCAAGUCCAAGUCAGUGAACGUAAAAGAGAAGAUGAUCAGCUUCAUUGAGAACACGUCCGCCCCCGUCGACAGAAUAUCUUUUAAUCUGCCAUGGCCAGAGAAGGUGAUUCCUGAUAGACACGUGAGCAGCAGCGACCGCGUGGGCAAACCUUACCGCGGGGUGAAGCCCGUUUUCAGUAUCGGCGACGAAGAGGAGUACGACACAGAUGAGAUCGACAGCUCUUCCAUGUCGGACGACGACCGGAAGGAGAUUGUAAAUGUUCAGACGUGGAUCAACAAGCCCGACGUGAAACAUCACAUCCCCUGCAACGAAGUGAAGGAAACCGGUCACAUGUUUCCCAGCCACUUGCUGGUGACAGCGACGCACAUGUACUGCCUGCGUGAGAUCGCCGCCAGGAAGGGCUUUGCUUACAUCCAGUCCAGACAAGCGCUGAGCUCCGUGGUGAAGAUCACGUCCAAGAAGAAGCACCCGGAGCUCAUCACUUUCAAAUUCGGCACCAACAACUCAACCGGAGUGGAGAUCUCUGCGGUGGAACGAUAUCUCAUCCCCAAUGCCGGAGACGCCACCAAAGUGAUCAAGCAGCAGAUCAUGAAAGUCCUCGACGCGCUGGAGACGUCGUAAAAGGAUAGAUGAUGACGGCGCAAACGACAACGGCGGCGUAUGGUGGCCGCCUGCCCCUGACAAAAA